GUGGAUUGAUUCAAGUCUAUUUCUCGUACUUCAAUUGAUAGAUCCCCCUCUCUGCAUGUAAUAUCCUCUCCCUCAACGAAGUAGGUACCAACCACGAGAGAAUACUAGCUCUACCCGCCUCACCGCCGCGCCAAAUCUGCCCGCGGCGUCCUGAUAGCGUGUCCUUCACAAGGCUGCGCGCAGUGAUGUCGACGGGCUCGUUAAAGGGUGCUUGCAUUUCGCCUCUCGAUUGUUUCUUGAUGGUCUCCUCAAUAGACUUGUAGUACGAGUCCGGCGGCAGAGAGACCUCGUGGCCGUCGUAGAGCUGCGUACCCAUCGCGCCGACCAUGGCUGUUACAACUCGCACGCCUAAUGGUGCCAGUUCCAUUUUGAGCGUUUCUGAAACAAAAGUCGUGGCGGCUUUCGAGCUAUUAUAUAAUCCUGUGUGUCAUGUGUGAGAGAGAGAAUGAUGAGCGGCGCGAAGAAGGGAAUGGGGAAAAAGAAAAAAAUAAGAAAAGGAGGGCACACGUACCUUGCCAAGCUAGUGGCACUGCACCAGCAAUGGACGAGAUGUUCAGGAUGACGCCCUUGGAGUCGAUGAGGAGAGGUGCAAAAGCUUGAGUCAUAGCCAAAGGUCCCCACACAUUGACAUCGUAAGCGUUCUUGCCAUCCUCAAUAGAGGCAUGGACGAGCGGCCCAAAUAUAGCGGCACCAGCGUUGUUAACCAGAAUGUCAAGUUUGUCGCCAGUCGCGCUGCGCACCUGCGCUAGGCAUGACGAGAUCGAGUCGGCCGAGGUCACGUCAAGUGUGAGGAUGUCGAUGUCUCUCUCAUCGACGAGGGCGCCGGCUGUGUUGGCGUUGCGCACCGUUGCCAGCACGUGGAAGCCUUGAUCGCGAAAGGCUUUGGCGAGGGCAAAACCGAGGCCUCCGGUACUGCAGCCGGUAACGAGGGCAUACUUCACUGUUGCCAUUUUAUUUCUGGAUCAUUCCGCGGGAAAACGAGGCGGUUGGCGGCCAGCACGCACUAGAGGAAAACAAAGGGCUUUUGUUGCAAAUAAUUAAUCGGCAAAGGUACAGGACUAUCAUGUCCAAAAUAUCAUUGGUUUAAUGUGGAGUUGGGGAGCGCAUUGGCAAAGUUCCUGUGGAGGACCAAAGGAGUUUCAAAACUCCGGGGGAAGGGUGCCACUUCCCGCUGGAGGCAUCAGCUUCAGGAACACAUCUUCAUCCGUCUGACUUCUCGCAAGAACAACGCCGGUCAGAUCGCCCGCAAGGCCGCAUUAUAGAGAUAUAAAUAAGGCAUUUAACAUCGAGCGCACGUCUACAGCCUUCGAUCUGCAAAAUGGCGACAGCUACAGCACAGCCUACGAACGAUGUCCAUUCUUAUGAAGAGCAAAGGGAUGGCUACGCUGCCGCCAGCUCCUCGCUCGACAUUGCGGUGGUGGGAGCCGGUAUCAUCGGCGUGGCGACAGCUCUCGGGUUACUGCACGCAGGCCAUAAAGUGACCAUUUACGAGAAGGCAAACGACUACUCUGAAGUGGGCGCCGCGAUGGCGUUUACGGGUGUAGCGCGAGAAUGCAUGCAGAGACUGAAUCCGGCAUUGCUCGAAGCCCUUCAGCGUGUUGGAGAGGCCAACCGUCACGCGAUGAAUCGCUACUGGGACGGUUUCAACCCGGCCAGUAAGGAGGCGGCUCAGUCGGCGGAAUUCCUGCUCUUUCAGCAGUCGGCGCGCGAGUUGGACUACAAAGGGUGCCUUCGCUCCGUCUACCUCCGCGAGAUGGCCAAGUCGUUGCCCGACGGAGUCAUCAGGUUUGGGAAAUUCCUAGAGAGCUACUCGGAGAACGCCGAAGGCGUCCAGCUUAGAUUCGCUGAUGGCAGCAUCGCUCAGGCAGAUGCAGUAAUCGCAUGCGACGGAAUCCACUCAACAGCGCGGCGACUCUUGCUAGGCGAAGACAACCCAGCGUCGCACCCUAGCUUCACCCACAAGGUUGCCUACCGCGCCAUAAUCCCCAUCGCCGACGCUGUCGCCGCUCUGGGUGAUGACAAGGCGAACAACCAGUGCGCGCACAUGGGUCCGGAUGCCCAUAUGCUUUCCUUCCCCGUUGCUCAAUGGACGCUAUCAAACGUAUUUAUCUUCGUGCACGACCCGAAGCCGUGGCCAGAUCCACACAAGAUGACUCGGGAGGUGAGCAAGUCUGAACUGGCCCCAGCGCUCAGCAAAUGGGCCCCACAUAUCCGAGACCUAGUAGAAAGGAUGCCCGACCAAGUGUUCGCAUGGGCCAUUUUCGACAUGGCCGACAAUCCCGCCGACACGUACGCGCGUGGGCGUGUUUGCCUCGCCGGCGACGCUGCCCAUGCUAGCAGCCCCUUCCACGGUGCUGGCGCGUGCAUGGGCGUCGAAGACGCACUGGUGCUGGUCUCUGUGCUGGAAACGGCCUUGUCCAAAGCGGGCGGGCUCAGCAAGAUUAAAGCCGUAUCCGCAGCGUUGCAAGCGUACAGUACUGUCCGCCUUGAGCGCUCGCAGUGGCUAGUUCGCAGCUCGCGGGAGAUGGGUGACAUUUACGAGUGGAGACAUCCGGCCACAGGAAGCGAUCCCGCUAAGAUCAAGGCCGACAUCGAGAGCCGUUCGAAAAACCUCUGGGAUUUCGAUGUUGGGCGAAUGGUGGCCGAAGCGAAGGGAGAGUGUGAGAGGAUGCUUAAACAAUAACUACUGUUACCCAAUACUUUGGGGCUAGUAAUAAAUACUCCAAAGUGAAGCUGAUGAUAUUGUAUUGGGUAUAAUGAAACGCUAUACUGGAAAUCAAUAUUCCCACGCUCUCUCUUAGCAGAUGUAUUAGAAAUUGAUUGAUUGAUUGAUUUAC